ACCUUUUUCCAAGCGCGGUGCUUCGUAGAACCAAAUGGAACUGCGUAGCGCAGAUUGCGGGUCGCCUGGAUUCAGCGUCGCGGUGACAUGCGUACGUUCGGGGACCCACAUUCCGCCAGACGCAUGUUCCUAGAACUACGGUCAUAUGCUAACAAGGAAGCUAAGAUUCUUCAGAUGUUUCAAAAUUUUGGCAAGAAGAGAUUGUGGAAGGUGGGAGACCCAGAUCCUCAGAAGGAAUAUGACAGAUGUGUCCAAGGGGCAAAACUGGAGGUCUCGAGAAACAACAUAUGCAUUGGUAAACAACUUGGCACUGGAACCUAUGGUCCUUCUUUCAAGGCCAAAUUGACAGACCACCAUAGUGGGUCUUCAGAUAUUGUGGUUAAAAAGCAUAAGAUUCCAAAGGAUAGGUGCACUGGUCAUGAGGUCUUUGAAGAACUCAGAGUGAGGCUACACAUUGGAAAACAUGUUAACAUUGUUAAUUUGAUUGGGGUCAACACUUUGAAUAUUUCCAAAGGUAAACUGUGGAUGCUCUUAGAAUACUGUGAGUUAGACAUCUUGUCCUUUCUGCGAAGGAACCACAGUCGCUACAAAGAGGAGGGGCAUGGAAGUUCAGCAACAAGACAGCAUGAUAAUGAUCCAGAAUCCAGUGUUGUUAGCAAAAUUCCAAGUAUACAUAAAGAUUUAGACAGAAGAUGUCUUUUGCUGUGGGGAUGGCAGGCAGCAGAAGGCAUGGAUUUCUUAGCAAGUAAAAGUGUUGUGCAUGGAAGUUUAUGUGCUGCAAACUUACUACUUACAAGUAAUGGUACUGUAAAAGUGACUGGGUUUGAAAGACCACAGGAGAUAUACAUAGAUACGGAACACAUAAUUAGAGAUGAGAUCUCCCUGUCAUUAAAGUGGAUGGCAACAGAGACUCUAAGUGAUAGAACAUUUAGUAUCAAGAGUGACAUUUGGGCUUAUGGUAUUGUUCUUUGGGAAAUAUUUUCUCUUGGUUCGACUCCAUAUCCAGGCAUGUCUGUAACAACAGACUUCAUUGACAAGUUAAUAAAUGGUUUGCGCAAUGAAAAGCCAAAAUGUGCCAAGGACACUGAGUAUAAUUUGAUGUUGGCUUGCUGGGAGCAUGACCCACUAUCAAGACCUACUUAUUCUGAAAUUAUACACCAGCUACAAGAGGUUUUAGAAAAGUAGUGUACUCUGAGACAGUCCUGCAGAGCUGACAUUCUCCAUUGGUGUUCAUCAGGAUACAGGAAGAUUCAUAUAAUGCCUGGUAUAAGGAAUUCUCUCUCUUAAUAGCUAAGGUCUCUUGCAAUCAGGUUAUCAAUGAGUUAUGUAGAUGUCUGAAGAGGUUAAAGAAUAUCAAAUUUAGAGGUAAACAUCUAGACAUAUUUGUGUUUUUCAGGUUACUUUAGGUGUGAAUUACAGAAUUUAUGCAAUGAAUGUGUUAAACAUAAUAUGGAAACUGGCUGGAAAAGGAGGCUAGACUUGUAAACCUACAGUAAAGUGAAAAAGAAAAUAUA